UCAUCUUUCUUGUCUAAAACCCUCGCCAGCAGAAAAAAAGGGAGCAGGGGCGUUCCGCGUUUGUUCAUCGUUCUGCCGUAACCCUAAUUUUCAAUUCAAUGGCGAAGCGCGAGUUAUCAAGCACAUUGAGGAACUUGAAGUUCAUGCAAAGAGGGGCAAAGAAGGAGGAGAACACCAAAAAGGAAGAAGAGGUCAUACCUGAUGGAAAUUUUGGAUCUUACAUCACCAAAAAAUGUAUGGUUAUUAUGGAAGGGGAUCCUAGUCCAGGGGCCAUUAAAGGCCGGAUGUCAUUUCAAAGUUUUAAUCCAUCUAUUGAUAAAUUGAACGAGGAGGCUUCAAACCCAAGACAAUCUGACGGUGAUGCAACAUCCUCUGGUGAUCAAGGAGGGAAACCAUCCAAUAGAGAGGAUGGAGAAUCGGUAAGCUUGAAUAACAAUAAAACGAACGGAGACCUCAAAAGGAAACAAGCUGAAGCCACAACAGAUGUACAACUUACCAAUAAAUCAGAAAAUAUUAUCGAAGGCAACCCGGGUUCUUCCUCAAAUAACAGUAGGAAAAAAUCUCAUAAGCGAGGAAAGCUCGACUUCAAUGUUUUAAGAUCGCCAAAGAGUCAAAACAGAACGGGCUGAUUUCUUUCAGGGUAUACAUUUAAGAAUAUGGUACUCAAUUAAAAUUUUAGCUCCUCAGGAUUAGUCAUUUAGAUGCCAUGUAACCUUCUGGCAAGCUUAUCAUGUUCAGAGUGUAAGUUCAGUGGCCCACAGGGAAGUUCAAUUGUUGAUCUACUCAUUAUUUGACUGCUUGUAUCUUGUUUAAGUUUGUAUUAGUUAUGAUGAAAGAACAAUAUUUUUUUAUUUAACUGUGUUGGCAGUGUUA